AUGUCGGAUUCUGAAAGCAGUAUCGACAGUUUCGAACUGAUGAAAAGGAAUUUAAGCAUGGAAACUGGCGAAUCCAGAUUCACAAAGAAUGAAGAUAACGACAAACUCGAGGAAUUUGAGCUCCUGUUUCGAUCAAUGAUGGAAUCUCGUGGUCCCUCUCAAGAGGACGAGGAGGCUCCCCCAGAGGAAAGAAACGAUGAGAAAAUUUCAGACAUGGCGGGUCCGGAAACGCCGACAGAUUAUCGUCUCGAAUUCAUUGGAUUGAUUGUGCAAAAAUCAUUGAAACUUAAACCGGAAAAAUGGGGACGUUUAUUGAUGAUUGAAGAACAUCGAAAUUGUGUUAUGGAAUUUUUGGACAAUCCUGUACCAGCUGCACUUUUUGUUGUACUUACACCAAAUGCUCAACUUAUACCAUCCUGUGGAUUUCCUAUUCCGUGUCAAAGAACUAAAGGGAUCUACACGAUAAAAGUGAAGAUAUCUUCAGUGCCAAACGAUCAGAAUGGAUGUGCGUCAAUGCUCAUCACCGGUGACUUGUCUCAUCGUGUUGUUGACGAGCUCGCCACACUUGUGGACAAUAUUUUCUCUCCUCUUCUUAGUAAAAAGGAAAAUCACAAAAAUCUCCCUGAAGUGGCACUUGAAGACAUCAAUAGACACGUUUAUUCCCUAAGAGGAACUCUUUAUCAAGUCAAGGGUCAAGUGAAUGGAAGAACAGUGCUUCCAAUGCCAGCAGGUCUUGAGAAAGUGUCAGAAGUUGAAAGAUUAGUUACCACCGAAGGACCACAGGCGGUCGAUUUAUAUCUCAAAAGUUCAAUAGAAGGUGUGGUGAUUAAAUGGGCUUAUUUGGUGAACGAUGUUGUUACACAAGAAUCAGCAUUUGCUUUUGAAAACGGACAAAAUCCAACACCUGACGUUGAACUUGAAUUUUGGAAUAAGAGACUUGCAAAUUUGAGAUAUAUUUUCGAUCAAUUGCGUGAGGAACGAGUGAAAAAAAUGGCAAAAAUUCUCGAACUCACUGAAAGUGCAUAUUUUCCAUGUUUUCGUACACUUUUUGAAAAUAUUGUCUCAUCAUUGGCUGAAUCAAAAGAAUUGUCACUUUAUUUAUCGCCAUUGGCAAAAUUUUUUAAAUCAAUUGAAGAAACUGAUUUUUCUGAAGCUAAACCAUUAAUGGCUGUUGUAAUACAUGCCGUUGGUUUAGCAUGGGCAAAAACGAAAUAUUAUCAAAAUUCUUCGAAAUUGAUAAUUAUGCUUAGGCAAAUUUCUAAUUUGUUGAUUCAAGAGGCACGUCGUUUUCUCGACCCGACAUUAAUUUUUCAGAGUGACGUUGAUGAAGCUUUGCAGAGGGUUCAAGUUUGUCGAGACGUUCUUGAAGAAUUUAAAAGACAAUUUGAAUUACGUAAACAUGAGCCUGGAAUGAAAAUUGAAGCGCCACCAUGGAAAUUUGAUCCAAAUGUGAUAUUUAUGCGUUUAGAUGCAUUUUUAAAUCGGUUGGCAAAUAUUGAAUGGCUUUUUCAUACGGUUUUGGAAUUUUCAAAAUUGGAAAAAAUUGAAAUUGGAAGUAUAUUGGGACGAUCGCUUAGUGCAAGAAUUGUUGCUGUUUAUAAAGAAUUUCAACAACUUUUCACAUCAUUUACAACAAGAUCGACUGAUGUAUUAGAACCAGAUGAUAAAUCAUUUGCAAUUGAUUGUGAAAAAUUUAGUGCAUCAAUUAUUGAUCUUGACAGUAAAUUGGCUUCUAUUUUGUGUCAAGCAUUUGACGAUUGUCAUAAUUUAGAAAGUGUCUUUAAGUUGAUAAACAUUGCGGGAUCAGUUUUAGAGCGUCCAGUAAUUUGUAAGCAAUUCACGAAUCGCUAUUCACGUAUCCUGGAACUGUUAAAGCAUGAGCUGACUCUGAUCGAAGUCCUGUUUAAUCUGGGUUCACGAGGAGCCAUGAGUAACCUUCCUCCAUUGGCUGCCGGUUUACAAUUUACGAGCAUGCUGAGGCAGCGAAUCGAUCACCCAAUUCAAGCCUUCAAAUCUCUCCAACAUCCAAUUGUUGAGAGUGAUGAAGGUAAAGAUAUAAUAGUCCGUUAUGAAAGACUAACAAUUAUAUUGAACGACAGAAAAGAUUCUUUGUUUAAUGAUUGGUCCAUAAUUGUUCCAAGAUUGGUUGACAAAGGAUUGAGUCGAUCUCUACUAACAAGAGAUUCAGUUUCAGUUUUGAGUUUGAAUUUUGAUCCCGAUUUAUUGGCAGUUUUGAAAGAAGUCACUUAUCUGAUACAGAUGUGUGAUAAAGAAAUUCCUAAAAUUGCACUCGAGGUAUCGGAAGCGUCAGAAAUGUUUCGCAACUAUCGGACAUUAUUGGGAAGCACUGUCAUUUCAUACAACAACAUUCGCAAGACAUCCCGUCGUGUUGAGUUCAAUCUAAUAGAACUUGAAGUCGCCAAAGUAGAUUCUCUCGUAUCGCGAGGUGAGAAUGAACUAUAUUGGAAAUCGGAGGGCCUCAACGAUUAUAUAAGUGAAUUAGGCACUUUGGUUGAAAAUCUUUGGGGUCGUGUAAAAGCAAGUCAAAUAAAUGUCGAUAAAAUUCAAAGUAUCUUUGAAUAUUGGAUAAAAACACCUCUAAUCGAAAGAAAAGAUCAUCGUAAAGAUUUAUUACUUUCAUUAGAUGAAAGAGUAGAAAAAGUAACAAAACGUUAUAGAGAUAUAAAAAAUGCUGCAAAUGAAAUUCAUUUUCUUCUUGGGGAAAAUGAAAAAUGUUUUGAAAUUUCUAAUAUUGAUAAUGAUGCAUGGAGGGAGUAUGUGGAAUUUAUUGAUGAUAUGGUAAUGGAAUCAUUGAGAAAAACAGUUGGUUGUAGUUUAAGUUAUUUGGUAGAAAAUAUGGAUCCAAUUUCACAGAAGGAGCCAUUAUUUGAAGCGUCAUUAGAAUUACGUGAACCUGAUCUUUAUUAUGUACCAUCAUUGGAGUCUGAAGAUCCUGAUGGUUUGGAGAGUUUAGUCUCGGGACUAUUGGCUGAUAUUAUUGGAAUGGCCACACUUGUUCCACGGCUCAAUAAUGGCAAAAGUUAUGCCGAUGAAUUGGAAGAUGACGAAGAUAUUAAAGCAAUGAAGGAGGAAAUUCUUUUUGGUAUGAAUCGAGCAAUUGAGGAGGCAACUGAUUUUUGCGGUGUUUUUGAAGGAUACGCGUACCUCUGGUUGGAAGACAGAGACACGGUGAUGCAACAAUUUUUGGAAUACAGCCGUCAAUUGACACUCGAUGAGAUGGAAAUAAUAGCAGCGUUAGAUCCAAAAUCACCGGAAAAAUGUGCGCCAAAAAUGGAAAAUUUUCGAGAACAAAUUGAUCUUUAUGAGGGACUUUAUCUUGAAAUUGAAGAAAUGGAACCUUUUAAAGUAUUUUGUGGAUGGUUUCGAGUUGAUUUGAAACCAUUUAAACAAUCAUUGCUUAAUACUGUUUGUAAAUGGUCAAGUAUGUUUAAAAAACAUUUGGUUGAAAGAGUAACAACAAGUUUAGCUGAUUUAGGCAACUUUAUCAGAUUGGCUGAUGAGGGAAUAUUGCAACAAAUUCAACCGGGUGAUUAUUCAGGUCUAGUCAGUGUAAUGGGUUAUUUAAUGCAAGUAAAAGAACGUCAACCAACAACCGAUGAAAUGUUUCAACCACUUCAAGAAACUGUGGAACUUUUAAAAUUUUACGAUCAAGAUAUUCCCGAAGAAGUUAAUGUUCUACUUCAGGAAUUGCCGGAUCAAUGGGCUAAUACUAAAAAAUUGGCUCAAAUGGUGAAACAACAAGUUGCUCCCCUUCAAGCUGGUGAGGUAUCAAGAAUUCGUGGACGUGUAUCGGCUUUUGAUACAACAAUUGUCCAUUAUCGUGAGGCAUUUCGUCGCUAUGGUUUUUUUAAAUUUACAUGUGAAAAUCCUUAUGAACAAUUGGACGAAGCCGAUAAGGAAAUAUGUAUGCUCGAACGACAAAUGAAUGAUAUACAAGAAUCGGCAUCACUUUUUGAAGUGACUGUAUCUGAAUUUAAACAUCUUAAGCAAUGUAGACGAGAAUUGAAAAUGUUGAAGCAGCUAUGGGAUUACGUGAAUAUUGUAAGAAGCAGCAUUGAGGGCUGGAAAACGACGCCUUGGAGGAAAAUAGACGUGGAGAAUAUGGAUAUUGAGUGUAAAAAAUUUGCCAAAGAAAUUCGAGUUUCUUUGGACAAGGAAAUGAGACCUUGGGACACUUAUAUAUCGUUGGAAGCGACUGUGAAAAAUAUGCUGACAUCAUUAAGAGCAGUUGGUGAGUUACAAAAUCCGGCCAUCAGAGAAAGACAUUGGAGACAAUUGAUGAACAGUACAAAGAAAUUGGGCAACAUGACUCCAGAAAUGACCGUUCAAUUUGUAAUGGAUGAAUCGACAACAUUAGCGGAUCUUUUGGAAUUAAAUUUACACGAGUGUGAAGAAGAAGUGAAAAAUAUUGUUGACAAAGCUGUCAAGGAAAUGUCAAUGGAAAAAUAUUUAAGGGAAUUAAAAGUUACAUGGUCGGGAAUGGAAUUUGAGAGGGAAACACACGUUAGAACAGGAGCAACAUUAUUGAGAGCUAGUGAGGAACUUAUUGAAACUUUAGAGGAAAAUCAGGUACAAUUGCAAAAUUUAAUAACAUCAAAAUUCAUUGCUCAUUUUUUGGAGGAAGUUUCGAGUUGGCAAAAAAAAUUAAGUAUCGCCGAUCAAGUAACGACAGUUUGGUUUGAAGUACAACGAACAUGGAUGCAUUUGGAAAGUAUUUUCAUGUCAUCGGAGGACAUAAGAAAUCAAUUACCAGUUGAUGCUGAACGUUUUGUGCGUAUUGAUAAAGAAUUUAAAGCAAUGACCGAAGAUAUGUCAAAAACGCCAAAUGUCGUACAAGCAACAAAUCGCGAUGGUUUAGCUGGAUCACUUGAAAUUUUACAACAUGAAUUAGUUUUAUGUGAAAAAGCACUUGCCGAAUAUCUUGAAACAAAACGUCUUGCAUUUCCAAGAUUUUAUUUUGUCUCAUCAACUGAUUUACUUGAUAUACUAUCAAAUGCAACACAACCGGCAGUUGUCGCAAAACAUUUGACAAAAUUAUUUGAUUCAAUGGCAAGAUUAAAUUUUGCCGAAACUAAAGAGGGCGAACCUAAACGAAUUAUAGGUAUGCACGCAAAGGAUGGUGAAUAUGUGGAAUUUACAAAUUACGAAAUGAUAUGCGAUGGUGCAGUGGAAGUUUGGUUGAAUCGUCUUCAAAUGGCAAUGAGAGUGUCAAUUCGUCAUUAUUUCAGUGAAUCAGUGGUAUUGUAUGAGGAGAAACCACGUGAGCAAUGGCUAUUUGAUUAUCCAGCGCAAGUAUCAUUGUGUGGCACACAAAUAUGGUGGACCACUGAGGUGACAUUGGCUUUUGGUAGAUUGGAGGAGGGUUAUGAUAAUUCAAUAAAGGAUUAUCUCAAAAAACAAAUAUCACAAUUAAGUACAUUAAUUUCACUUUUACUUGGUGAAUUAAGUAAACAGGAUCGUCAAAAAGUGAUGACAAUUUGUACAAUUGAUGUUCAUUCGCGAGAUGUUGUUGCUAAAUUGGUACAAGCUAAAGUUGAAACUGCACAGGCAUUUCAAUGGCAGAGUCAAUUGCGACAUCGAUGGGAUGAAAAGGAAAAGGAUUGCUUUGCCAAUAUUUGCGAUGCACAAUUUAAAUAUUCACAUGAAUAUCUUGGAAAUACUCCUAGACUAGUAAUAACGCCUCUAACAGACAGAUGCUACAUAACUCUAACGCAAUCACUUCAUCUUGUAAUGGGUGGUGGUCCAGCUGGGCCGGCAGGAACGGGAAAAACGGAAACAACGAAAGAUUUAGGAAGAGCAUUGGGUAUAAUGGUGUAUGUGUUCAAUUGUUCGGAGCAAAUGGAUUAUAAAUCAUGUGGUAAUAUUUAUAAAGGACUUGCGCAAACGGGAGCUUGGGGUUGUUUUGAUGAAUUCAAUAGAAUUUCUGUUGAGGUACUAUCAGUUGUUGCAGUGCAAGUGAAAUCGGUACAAGACGCAAUAAGAGAUAAGAAAAAUAAAUUUAAUUUUAUGGGUGAAAUUAUUGCACUUGUACCAACAGUUGGUAUAUUUAUAACAAUGAAUCCAGGUUAUGCGGGACGUACUGAAUUGCCAGAGAAUUUAAAGGCACUAUUUCGACCAUGCGCAAUGGUUGUACCUGAUUUUGAAUUGAUUUGUGAAAUUAUGUUGGUCGCUGAAGGUUUUCAAGAGGCGAAAAUUUUAGCAAGAAAAUUUAUUACACUUUAUACAUUAUGUAAGGAAUUAUUGUCGAAACAAGAUCAUUAUGAUUGGGGUUUGAGGGCUAUUAAAUCGGUGUUGGUUGUUGCUGGUAGUUUAAAACGAGGUGAUCCUGGAAGACCAGAGGAAGAGGUUUUAAUGAGAGCGUUAAGGGAUUUUAAUAUUCCAAAAGUUGUUUCUGAUGAUCUUCCAGUUUUUAUGGGUUUAAUAGCGGAUCUAUUUCCCGCACUCGAUGUUCCUAGAAAGAGGGAUAUUGAUUUUGAGAAAACAGUGAAGCAGGCAGCUGCCGAUUUACUUCUUCAGCCGGAAGAUGGUUUUAUUUUGAAAGUCGUUCAAUUGGAGGAGUUACUUGAAGUUAGACACUCGGUUUUUAUUGUCGGUUUAGCUGGAUGUGGUAAAACAAAAGUGUGGAAUACUCUGUUUAGAACGUAUCAGAAUAUUAAGAGGAAACCAAUUUACAAUGAUUUGAAUCCAAAAGCAGUGACAAAUGAUGAAUUAUUUGGAAUUAUUAAUCCAGCAACUCGUGAAUGGAAGGAUGGCCUAUUCUCAGUGAUAAUGAGAGAGCAGGCUAAUCUUGGAGGUGAGAAUCCGAAAUGGAUUGUCCUAGACGGUGAUAUUGAUCCAAUGUGGAUUGAAUCGUUGAAUACGGUUAUGGAUGACAAUAAAGUAUUGACUCUGGCGAGUAAUGAAAGAAUAGCUUUGACCCCGGCUAUGAGACUUUUAUUUGAAAUAUCGAAUCUACGAACAGCGACUCCAGCUACUGUUUCAAGAGCCGGAAUUCUCUAUAUCAAUGCUCAGGAUUUGGGUUGGAAUCCCUAUGUGACGAGUUGGAUUGAAAAGAGAACAUUGUCAAGUGAAAAAUCAAGUUUGGUGAUGCUGUUCGAUAAAUAUAUUCCCCAAUGUUUGGAAACAUUGAGAACGAGAUUUAAAAAAAUUACACCCAUCGCUGAUAUGGCACACGUAGAAAUGCUCUGUCAUUUAUUGAAUUGCCUUCUAGUUCCCGAAUUAACAGCAAAUGAUUUUUCCAAAGAUGAUUAUGAAUUAUAUUUUGUAUUCGCGGCAGUUUGGGCAUUUGGAUCAUCAAUGUUUCAAGAUCAGGCUGUUGAUUAUCGAGUUGAAUUUACCAAAUGGUGGGUUAAUGAAUUUAAACAAGUGAAAUUUCCCGCUCAGGGAACAGUUUUUGAUUAUUACAUUGAUUCGGAGACGAAAACUUUUGCACCAUGGUCACAACGAUUGCCACGAUUUGAACUUGAUCCUGAUAUUCCAUUACAGGCGGUUCUUGUCUAUACGUCAGAAUCAAUAAGGAUACGAUAUUUUUUAGAUUUAUUGAUGAAUGAAAAACAUCCUGUAAUGUUGGUUGGUACAGCUGGUUGUGGUAAGACUGUAUUGGUUUCAGAGAAAUUGUUACAACUCUCGGAGAAUUAUGCUGUGACUAAUGUGCCAUUUAAUUUUUAUACAACAUCAGAAAUGUUGCAAAAAAUAUUGGAGAAACCAUUAGAGAAGAAAGCUGGUAGAAAUUAUGGACCACCGGGUAAUAAGACUUUGGUGUAUUUUAUUGAUGAUAUGAAUAUGCCGGAAGUUGAUACAUAUGGAACGGUGCAACCACAUACUUUAAUAAGACAACAUUUGGAUUAUGAACAUUGGUACGAUAGAACAAAAUUAACAUUGAAGGAUAUUCAUAAUUGUCAAUAUGUGAGUUGUAUGAAUCCUACGGCUGGAUCAUUUACCAUUAAUCCAAGAUUACAGAGGCACUUUGCUGUGUUUGCUGUUAGUUUUCCUAAUGCUGAAUCAUUGACCACUAUUUAUGCCUCAAUAUUGUCUCAACAUUUAGCAAAUAUCGAGCAUAGAUUUCCUGUGAAUGUUACUAGUUUAUGUAAAAAUAUUGUCCAAGCUUCUCUUCAAUUGCAUAAUCGUUCUGCACAAGUGUUUCUACCAACAGCCGUUAAAUUUCAUUAUAUUUUUAAUUUACGCGAUUUAUCCAAUUGCUUCCAAGGAUUGUUAUUUAGUACGAAUGAAUGCCUACAAAUCCCUUCGGAUUUUCUUCGAUUGUGGCUUCACGAGACACAGCGUGUCUAUGGUGACAAGUUGGUUGAUGAGAAGGACAUUGAAAAUUUUUAUAAAUUUCAACUUGAUAUAUUGAAGAAAAAUUUUGAGGAAAUUGACGAAGGGACAGUUUUGGAAAAGCCAAAUAUUUACUGUCACUUUGCAGGUGGAGUUGGUGAACCAAAAUACAUGCCGGUCUUGGAUUGGCCAGUUCUUCAUCGUUUGCUUACUGAAGCUCUAGUCAGCUACAAUGAUCUAGUAUCGGCAAUGAAUCUUGUUUUAUUUGAAGACGCUAUGAUGCACGUGUGUCGAAUAAAUCGAAUUCUAGAAUCACCAAGAGGAAGUGCAUUACUUGUAGGUGUCGGAGGUUCAGGAAAACAAAGUCUAUCUCGUUUAGCAGCAUUUAUAAGUUCUCUGGAAGUAUUUCAAAUACAAUUAAGAAAAGGUUAUGGAGUUGCUGAUUUUAAAUUGGAAUUAGCUUCGCUCUAUACAAAAUCAGGAUUAAAAAAUUUAGGAAUUAUGUUCCUUAUGACUGAUGCCCAAGUGCCUAAUGAACAAUUUUUGGUCCUCAUCAAUGAUAUGCUCGCUUCCGGAGAAGUUCCUGAUCUCUUUCCAGAAGAUGAAGUGGAGAACAUAAUAGCUGGUGUACGAAAUGAGGUAAAAGGAGCUGGAAUUCUUGACAGUAGGGAAAAUUGUUGGAAAUUUUUUAUUGAUCGGGUUCGUCGUCAAUUGAGAGUUGUAUUAUGUUUCUCACCCGUUGGAUCAACAUUGAGGGUUAGAUCACGUAAAUUUCCAGCAAUUAUCAAUUGUACGGCAAUCAAUUGGUUUCAUGAAUGGCCUCAAGAAGCUCUUAUGUCUGUUUCAAAGAGAUUUUUGCAGGAACUCAGUGAACUUCCGGAAGGAUACAGAGAAUCGGCAGCAAAAUUCAUGGCUCAUGCUCAUACGACUGUCAAUACGGCAAGUCGACAAUAUUUGGCCAGCGAAAGAAGAUACAAUUACACAACGCCAAAAUCGUUUUUGGAGCAAAUUAGUUUAUAUACAAAGCUGUUGAAAGCAAAGGCAAAACAACUUCGCGGUCGUAUUGAAAGAUUAGAAAAUGGAUUGGCAAAAUUAAGAUCAACUGCAGUUCAAGUUGAUGAAUUGAAACAAAAAUUGGCUAUUCAAGAAGUUGAAUUACAACAAAAGAAUGAGGCAGCCGAUGCUCUCAUUGCAAUUGUCGGAGUUGAAACUGAAAAAGUGCAAAAAGAAAAAGCCCUAGCUGACGAGGAAGAGACGAAAGUUGCAAUAAUUGCAGAAGAAGUAUCAAAGAAGCAAAAAGACUGCGAAGCUGAUUUAGUGAAAGCUGAACCAGCUUUAUUAGCUGCCCAAGAAGCAUUGAAUACUCUUAAUAAAGCUAAUCUCACGGAAUUGAAAUCUUUUGGUUCACCACCGGGAGCUGUUACAAAUGUUACAGCUGCUGUUAUGGUUCUUCUAGCGCCAAAUGGAAAAGUAGCAAAAGACCGUAGCUGGAAAGCAGCCAAGAUCAUGAUGGCUAAAGUCGAUACAUUCCUCGAUUCAUUGAUUAAUUAUGACAAGGAAAAUAUUCAUCCUGAAGUGAUUAAGGCUAUACAACCUUAUUUAAAAGACUCGGAAUUUGAACCCGAAUUUGUUAGAUCAAAAUCAGCUGCUGCAGCUGGAUUAUGCGCGUGGGUGAUAAAUAUCAUUAAAUUCUAUGAAGUAUUUUGUGAUGUUGAACCAAAACGAAAAGCACUUGCACAAGCAAAUGCUGAAUUGGCUGCAGCACAGGAUAAAUUAAGUGGCAUAAAACGUAAAGUUGCUUCACUAGAGGAGCAAUUGGCAAAAUUGACAGCCGAUUUUGAACAAGCAACAGCUGAAAAAUUAAAGUGUCAAAAAGAAGCCGACGCCACGAAUGCAACAAUUGCACUUGCAAAUCGUCUUGUGGGUGGUUUGGCUUCAGAAAAUGUUCGUUGGGCAGAUUCUGUAGCAAGUUUCAUGCAACAAGGAGCAACGUUACCAGGGGACGUUCUAUUGAUCACGGCUUUCAUUUCCUAUGUAGGAUGUUUUACGAAACAAUUUCGAUUAGAUCUUUUAAAUAAACAGUGGUUGCCGUUUCUACGAAAUAUUGAACCAGCUGUUCCAAUUACGGACGGUCUUGAUCCAUUAUCUCUUUUAACUGACGACACACAAAUAGCAAAGUGGAACAACGAAGGUCUUCCAAAUGACCGAAUGUCAACUGAAAAUGCUACUAUUUUAUCAAACUCGGAUCGUUGGCCCCUGAUGAUAGAUCCCCAGCUUCAGGGAAUAAAAUGGAUUAAACAAAAAUACGGUGAGGAAUUAAAAGUGAUUCGAUUGGGUCAACGGGGAUAUCUUGAAAUAAUUGAAUUGUCUUUGGCAAAAGGAUCCACUGUACUUGUGGAAAAUAUUGGCGAAUCAGUUGAUCCUGUUUUAGAUCCUUUAUUAGGUAGAAAUUUAAUUAAAAAAGGACGUGCUAUUAAAAUUGGCGACAAAGAAGUGGAAUAUAAUUCGAAUUUUCGUUUAUUGCUUCAUACAAAAUUGGCGAAUCCUCAUUAUAAACCGGAGAUGCAGGCACAAACGACUUUAAUUAAUUUCACAGUGACCAGAGAUGGUUUAGAGGAUCAAUUAUUAGCCGAGGUUGUGAAAGCAGAACGUCCUGAUCUUGAGGAAUUAAAAGCGGAUUUAACGAGACAGCAGAAUGAUUUUAAAAUUACUCUCAACAGUCUGGAGGAUUCACUUUUGUCGAGACUUUCGUCAGCGGACAGUAAUGUUCUUGGGGACACGGCAUUGGUGGAAAAUUUAGAAACAACAAAACGAACGGCAGCGGAAGUGGAAAAAAAAGUGACGGAAGCUCGAGGAACUACUCGUGAAAUUGAUGCUGCACGAGAAUUAUAUAGACCGGCAGCAGCGAGAGCAUCACUUUUAUAUUUCAUUCUCAAUGAUUUGAAUAUGAUAAAUCCGAUUUAUCAAUUUUCAUUGAAAGCCUUUAGUGUCGUAUUUCAGAAGGCAAUUUUAAAAGCUGAUCCAGCGCCCGAUGUUGAGAGUCGUGUCGCAAAUUUAAUAGAAUGCAUUACCUAUUCCGUAUUUAUGUAUACAACGAGAGGACUUUUUGAAUGUGAUAAAUUAAUUUUUACAUCGCAAAUGACAUUUCAGGUUUUAUUGGCAAGAAAAGAAAUUUCUGCAACUGAUCUUGAUUUUUUGUUACGAUUUCCUAUUACACCGCAUGUGACAUCGCCUGUUGAUUUUUUGACCAAUACCAGUUGGGGUGGAAUACGAAGUUUAUCCAGUAAAGACGAGUUUCGAAAUUUGGAUAGAGAUAUAGAAACAUCAUCAAAACGUUGGAAGAAAUUUAUUGAAUGCGAGUGUCCUGAAAGGGAAAAAUUCCCUCAAGAAUGGAAAAAUAAAACGGCACUUCAACGAUUAUGUAUGUUGAGAGCAUUGCGACCCGAUAGAAUGACUUAUGCGAUUGCGACUUUUAUUGAAGAAAAAUUAGGUCCACGUUACGUUGAGGGAAGAACUGUCGAAUUUUCCAAAUCUUUCGAGGAAACAAGUCCUUCGACUCCUAUUUUCUUUAUUCUCUCACCUGGAGUUAAUCCACUAAAGGAUGUUGAAGAUUUAGGAAGACGAUUGGGAUUCACAUCGGAUAAUCAAAAUUUUCACAAUGUUUCCCUGGGUCAGGGUCAAGAGAGUGUCGCUGAAUCAGCAAUGGAUGAAGCAUCACAAAAAGGACAUUGGGUUGUUUUGCAAAAUAUACAUUUGGUGAAAAAAUGGCUACCACUAUUGGAGAAAAAAUUAGAAGUUGCUUGUGAAGGUUCAAAUUUAAAUUAUCGUGUAUUUAUGAGCGCUGAACCUGCGAGUUCACCUUCAAGUCACAUUAUUCCACAGGGAAUUUUGGAAUCGUCGAUAAAAAUAACAAAUGAGCCACCAACAGGAAUGCAGGCUAAUUUACAUAAAGCUUUGGAUAAUUUUACACAAGAAACAUUGGAAAUUUGUAGUAAGGAAGCGGAAUUUAAAUCGAUUUUAUUUUCAUUGUGUUAUUUUCAUGCGGUUGUUGCCGAGAGGAGGAAAUUUGGUCCUCAAGGAUGGAAUAAAAUUUAUCCAUUCAAUGUUGGUGAUUUGAAUAUCAGUGUUAGUGUUUUGUAUAAUUAUUUAGAAGCUUCUCCAAAAGUACCUUGGGAGGAUUUAAGAUAUCUUUUUGGUGAAAUAAUGUAUGGUGGACACAUAACCGAUGAUUGGGAUCGGCGAUUGUGUGUUUCAUAUUUGGAAGAAUUAAUGCAACCCGAUCUUGUCGAUGGAGAACUUCAUUUGGCUCCAGGUUUUCCUGCACCACCUAAUACAGAUUUAGUUGGUUAUCAUACGUAUAUCGACGAGGCAAUGCCACCAGAAUCUCCAUAUUUAUAUGGUCUUCAUCCAAACGCUGAAAUUGGUUUCUUAACAACAACUUCGGAGAAUUUAUUUAAAACCGUUUUUGAAAUGCAACCACGUGACGCUGGUAGUUCUGGUGGUCAAACUGUUACGCGAGAGGAAAAGGUAAAGCAAAUAUUGGACGAGAUAAUGGAAAAGUUACCCGAGGAAUUCAAUAUGACGGAAAUUAUGGGCAAGGUAGAGGAGCGAACACCCUAUGUAAUUGUUGCAUUUCAAGAAUGUGAAAGAAUGAAUUAUCUCACGGGUGAAAUUAAAAGAUCACUACGUGAAUUGGAUUUGGGUUUAAAGGGAGAAUUGACAAUUACAUCGGAUAUGGAGGAUCUUGAGAAUUCCUUGUUUCUCGAUCAAGUGCCCACAGUAUGGACCCAAAGGGCUUAUCCUUCACUUCUUGGACUCACUCCAUGGUUCGUUGAUUUACUCCUCAGACUUCGUGAAUUGGAAACAUGGUCCACUGAUUUUGUCUUGCCAUCGUCAGUGUGGUUGGCAGGAUUUUUCAACCCUCAAUCGUUAUUAACAGCAAUCAUGCAGUCGACAGCCAGAAGGCAUGAACUUCCCCUCGAUAAAAUGUGUUUGCAGUGUGACGUUACAAAAAAGAAUAAAGAAGAAUUCACGUCAGCACCACGAGAAGGUGCUUAUGUUCAUGGAAUCUUUAUGGAAGGUGCACGAUGGGAUGUUCAAGCGGGAAUUAUUGUUGAUUCACGACAAAAAGAAUUGUUUCCAACUAUGCCAGUGAUAAAUAUACGUGCCAUUACUCAAGAUAAACAAGAUUUAAGGAACAUGUACGAGUGCCCUGUUUACAAAACGAGAACUCGAGGUCCAACCUACGUUUGGACAUUUAAUUUAAAGACAAAAGAUAAACCGGCAAAAUGGACUUUAGCUGGAGUUGCAUUAUUGUUACAAACAUAAUUAUAUGUUAUAA